GGACGGUGGCUCGCCUGACCGAGACUCCAGGGGCUUGGGCGGGCGGACGGACAGAGCGAGCAGACAGACGCCCAGCGGCCGCCAGCUCCACGCAGGUCCCUGCUAGGCUUGCACCCAGAGGCCGCCGGCACACCGAAACCGGCCGAAUCUCCUGCGCUCCGCCCGCCCCGGCUCCCGUGCCAGCGCCCCGUGGCCGCCGCCUCCGAAGUGAUUGCUGCCUUGCCGCCUCCGCCGGGUCUAGGACCAUGAAGCUGCUGCCGUCGGUGGUGCUGAAGCUCUUUCUGGCUGCAGUGCUCUCGGCGUUGGUGACUGGCGAGAGCCUGGAGCGGCUUCGGAGAGGGCUGGCAGCUGGAACCGGCAACCUGGACUCUCCCACCGAAUCUACAGACCAGCUACUGGCCCCGGAAGGUGGCCGGGGCAGGGAAGUCCUGAACUUAGAAGAGACAGACCUGGACCUUUUAAGAGCUGCUUUCUCCUCAAAGCCACAGGCUCUGGCCACACCCAGCAAGGAGGAGCGUGGGAAAAAAAAGAAGAAAGGCAAGGGGUUAGGGAGGAAGAGAGACCCUUGUCUUCGGAAAUACAAGGACUUCUGCAUCCAUGGCGAAUGCAAAUAUGUGAAGGAGCUCCGGGCUCCAUCCUGCAUCUGCCACCCCGGUUACCAUGGAGAGAGGUGCCAUGGGCUGAGCCUCCCAGUGGAAAAUCGCUUAUAUACUUAUGACCACACAACCAUCCUGGCUGUGGUGGCCGUGGUGCUGUCAUCUGUCUGUCUGCUUGUCAUCGUGGGGCUUCUCAUGUUUAGGUACCAUAGGAGAGGAGGUUAUGAUGUGGAAAGUGAAGAGAAAGUGAAGUUGGGCAUGACUACUUCCCACUGAGAGAGACCUGUGCUCAAUCAAGGAAUCUGCGGGACGACUGCUACCUCUGAGAAGGCACAGCUGAUCGUAGACUCUGCAGAGGGAAAGUACGUCACAGCUAGUCAGGAAGACUCCUUCGUUCCCGGUUGCUGUCUAGAUUGGGCCUCCCAUAAUUGCUUUGCCGAAAUACCAGAGCCUUCAAGUGCCAAAUGGAUUAUGUCAAAAUGGGAUCUUGGUCAGAAGAAAGCAAAAGCAAGAGGCCUUCGUGUCCUUCUGAUUUCCCUCCUCCAAACUUCACGCAUCCCCAUAAGUUCGUUUAAACAAUUACCUUCUGGAUUCAGAUGCUGGUUAAAUUCCAUAUGCUCCGGGAUCAUUGCCUGAUAAAAAAGAAGAAGGAGAGGAUGAAAGAAAACUUUGUGGAUGGGAAGAAAGUAACAAAGAUUAAGAAGCCAUGAACUCAUGCAGCCACCAAGGGAUCGGCCAUUUGGAGCCUCUGGCGCAGGAUUUGACGAGCUAACUGUGAAACACAACAAGCCUGAGAACUCUGAAUUUUGGGACUUCUACCCAGACGGAAAAGUAACAACUAUUUUUUGUUUGUUUGUUUGUAAAAUUCCUCUUAAAUUAUAUAUUUAUUUUAUUCUAUGUAUGUUAAUUUAUUUAGUUUUUAACAAUCUAACAAUAAUAUUUCAAGUGCCUAGUCUGUUACUUUGGCAAUUUCCUGGCCCUCGACCUUGUGUACCCCACCACUUGGCUCAGCAUCACACCCCUCUGCCACAACUCCAAGGUGGGUCCGUGACCCAUCUGGGGUAAUCUGCUCUCUGUCCACAUUUCCAAAGAUCUUCCACAAUUGCAGUACCACAGCAGGAGGUCAGUAGAGUCAAGAUAAAGGAGUUAAAGUUGUCAGAUCCUCUCUAUGAGUUGGACUGCGGUCUUGCCUAGGCGAUAUUGUCUACUGUUUGUGUUUUGAAAGCCCAAGGUGCUGACGUCCAAGCAUACCAACAGAUAUUGGUGUUUGCCUGUGUCCUGUCCCUGCCAAAUCUUGUAAGAGGUUGGACUUCCAUGCCCGCAGUUCUCCUGACUCCUCAACCCCGAUGGCCCCAGGCCCACAGAGUGGGAACUCCCUCUCCCCUGUGUCGAGACAUUUCUCUCACGCCUGCCAUUCUUCUGGUGCUACUCCAUGUGGGGGUCAGUGCAGCAGAGGAUAGUCUAGAGAAGAUUUUAGCAACAAAAAAAGGCUGAGGAGGAGCAGGAAACAUUGGAGCCGACUGUUCUGGUUGACUGAUGACCUACCAAUUACUACAGAGUUUGGAGGUGAGGAGGGCUUUUGUGUAAACCCACCCACCUCACCGAAAACUAAAAAGGUAUGCUGUCAUGGUCCCUUCUGGAAGUUUCUGGUGCCAUUUCUGAACUGUUACAACCUGUAUUUCCAAACCUGGUUCAUAUUUAUAUUUUGCAAUUCAAAUAAAGAUAACCCUUACUCCAUA